CGCAUGCGCGCGGGCGGCGCGGCCUGAGGCGAGUGCUGGCGGCGGCCUCGUGCGCGGCCAGGACAUGGCCAAGAGCCUCAGGAGCAAAUGGAGGAGGAAGAUGCGGGCGGAGAAGAGGAAGAAGAACGCGCCCAAGGAGCUGGAGAGGCUAAAGAAGAUCCUGGGAGCCAACGCGGAUGUUGUUAUGGAGGAGAUCAAGGAGGUGGCAACCGUGCUGCCUCCCAAGAAAGUACUGGAACAGAGGGAUGACUGCAAAAUGGACCUGGAUAAUAAACGGAACAAAAAAACUCUUCUAGACCAGCAUGGACAGUACCCGAUAUGGAUGAAUUCCAGGCAAAGAAAGAAGCUUAAGGCACAGCGUGUUAAAGGGAAAAAAAAAUCAAAGUUGACCAAAGGCCUUGUCUGGUAAAACCAGUUUUGUAAGAUUGUGAAUAUUUUACUCAACAAAAUAAAUUUCCCACAUAUUUUGUGCUUGGUCACUGAGUAUAAUUUAUUGUGUUGAAUGGAAUUUGAAGAGACUAUUGUGCCAGCAGAUGAUGAAACAAGGAUCAACUUGGUGUCUCCUUAACUUAAAAAGCAAGCUGAGUGCCUUUGAGUAGACUAAUUGUCUCUGGUUAUCUGUUUUCUUGAGGGGGGGAGGGUCUUCAUCUUUUAUACUGUGAACACCGAAAACACUAAAGGAAACCCUAAAAAUAAUUAAACCAUAUGUUUUGUGUACUGUGGUCUUUGUCAGUGUAACUUCCCUUUUAGUAAAUAUAACCAAAGGAUUCUGUAAGCUUGCUGUAUCCUUAAAUCCUUCUGUAAAAUUAAUUCUGUUGCACUGAUUCAUUUUGCUUUUAACAUCUGGUAAUUAGUGAAAAUGGACUUUGCACAUAACCUCAAAAAUUUUAUGUGCUGAAAUCAACACCAAGCCUUCAUGACACUUCUGCAAGUGAAAAGAGUGUCAAUCUGACUUUAAUUCACAAAGAGAACUGUUGCUGUCUGCAACAGAAAUAUUAUAGGACCUAAAUAAUUGAAAGUAAGACUGAUUCUUUUAUUAUUAAAAUUAGAGAACACAUAUGCACAGAAUGGAAAUAAAACAGUUUUGUUUAACAUCUUUUCCAAGUUUUAGUAAAGUAAACAAGAAUUUUCAUUUUCAUAUGUACUUUCAGUAGCCUUUUAUGCCUCUUAAAAUGGUACUCAUCUAUCAUGCGUUAUGAUGUGUGCAUAGGUUAAAAUCUUGCAUGAUUGCACAUCAAUGAUUAGCUACAGUUAGAUGUAUAUUACUUGGCAAUAACAUGUGAUGACAGAUGGAAGAGUUUGUUGCCCUGAGAGCUUGUGUUUUUAAAAUAUCUCUCAUUUCAAGGAUGGAAAUAAUUAUAGUACUGGUCCUGCAGUGUGUUGCCUUUUCAAGUACCAGUCAUCAAUACAGGGCAUAACCUUUGUCCAGCUUUCUCCAAGAUGGGAUCCACAUUGUGUAAUUGCCCACAAAUUGUGAUAUGUGUCUGUUGUGAUAACUGGGGCAUAAGAAAGGAAAUCUGUUCUUUUCAAAGUAAUUACACUAGGUCGUAGUGUGCUAAAAUCAAAUAAGAAGAACUCAAUGUGAGAGAACAUUUAGUUUUUCUGGAAAAAUACAGUGUGUUUAUUGUUAUUCUUACUGUUAUGGGAAAAGUACUCUGUUGCUCAGGUAAAGAGCUACACGGGUGUUGGAGGAAAUACCAGUGCAUCUUCUGUUUUCACAUACAUUGACAGUUAAUGAGACUUGAUAAGAUGUAUAGAUCACAUAUUACCAAAUUACAUGCCAAUAAUAUCCUUAUACUUUAAAAAUAUUUCCAUUAAGUUGGUAAUAGCCCUGCUAAAAAACAGCUACUGCUCUCAAUUUUUUAUUAGAUAAAUGGGUCUAGAUUUUGAUAUCAAACUUAUCUAAAUGUUAGCAUUUAGAUUAGGACUACUUUAAAAUUGAUUCAUGCAGAGGAAAGUGUUCAUGGAUGCGUUUAACCAAGAAUGGAAUGGAACGAAAAGUCAGGUUUUAUUUCUUUACUAUUUUAAUGAUGUAGGCUUUAUUUUGCUUAGUACAUGUUGUGGGGAAACGUGGAGGGGAGCUUCUUGGGUUUAAAUGUGAAAAAAAAAUGUUUGUUUUUUUUCUGUACAGUAAGCACAGUGCUAUUUUUAACAUGCUUGUUUGUAAAUCAGAUAACUUUCAAGCAGCUGCCAGUGGGAAAGUAGGCUGAUUUUCCUGAGGGGAGAUAAUCAAACUGGCAAAAUACUCCUGUUUAAAGGUCUAGCUUCAGAGUCAGUUUAUUUUCAGUCUUUAGGUGCACAGCCAUACUCUGCCUCAUUCAUCGCUGCACUUGCCAUAACCUCUCCUCACUCUUGAGUUCUGCCUCUGCUCCUUCCUCCUUAAGAGAAUAUGAUUUUCACAACUAAAUAGUCUAUUUGUGCUUUUAUGACCUAGCCCUGAUCUUUGUUUUACAGAUUUAUUAAUCUCUUGCUUUUGUCACCAGAUAAAAAUUUGAAUCACAAGUGAGACACGGCAGAUGCUGCACUGAUCUUUUAUUUAGCAGUUCCUUCCUUCCUGAAAUAGUACUGGCUGUGUGAGGUAUUUCCUUCAAUGGUGUCCAGGAAAAAGUCAAACGUUCACUUAAACUACAGUUAUUUUAAGACAUCCUGUUUGAUUUUGAGGUGAAAUGGAGGAUAAGGAAGGAGUAAACCCCAGUCUUUAGUGGAAGGUAGCUCUUAGUCAAUUACCAGUGUAUUGUGUACAAUGUCACAACUCACUUGGGUGGGGCAGAGCUCUCUAUGCGUCACCAAAGAUUUUUGAGAGCCUGGUUGGGUCGGAUCUGUAAUCCAGGUUAAAAGCUCUUGUAGACAGAGAGCAGGAACCUCGCUAAAUAUGCGGCACAAAUGUAACCUCAUGGUUACAGCAGGGAAGUUCUACGUUCUGGGGAUUUGAACAUAUACAUGGGUGCUGUAAGUUUGUAUUUGUAAUUUGCUUUAGAUCUGCUUUGAGCAACUCUGUUUUUUAAAUGAAAAUACAAAACUUGUAGUUGCCAUUGAAUAAUUGAUUCAUACUGCUGAAUCUAAACCACAUUUCUGUUUGAGUUGAUGGAAAAAAUAAUUCAUGUUUCUUUACAAUAGAAAAUUACUUUAAAC